CACAAUUACGACGACUACAAUUGUGAAAAAGCCGUAGAAAAAGAUUUAAAGUCGCGCUAAAAUAACAAAUCCACUGAUUUUCCCUCGAAAAAACCAUGAAUUCGGCUACUAAGGUUGGAGAAAUUUUCGCUCAAGCUGGGGCUGCAUUCAAUCGUUUGGGCGAAUUGACGAUGCAACUGCAUCCGACAGCUGACUCUCCUGCAGGGAGCAAAUGGUCAGAUGAAGAGAUUGACAUGCUUCGGUCGGCGAUCACACAAUUUUGCGAUGAUCUGAACAAAAUUAGUUUACGAAUCAAAGGGCGGACCGUAUCACAAAUUAAGCAAACACUAAAGAAGAAAGCAUUCGAAGAAGCGGGCAUUCCAGUGAAACAGAUUUCAUUGAUGCAAUCACCGACACACACCGCACCCGAAACCAUCUUUGUUAAGAACGAUCCACAAAUAUUAUCAGCCAUUCCAUCCACAUCGACGGCAAUCAUCGUUACACAUCCAGAACCACCAGCCGAACUAAUGGUGCCCAAUGUCAAGACCGAAGAAAUUCACGACGAAAUCAACUUAUUAACAAAUCCAAAUGCAACGCUACUGAGUUCAAUAGAUACACCCACAACGGUUGACGAUUCCACGGACGAUUCAAGUGAAAUUAAACUGGAAGAUUAUACAAGCGGAUAGAAUUAAGAACUUAUUUCAUUUUUAUUUAUAAAAUUGUCCAUGCAUUUCAUUUUUUUCUCAUUUUUCUGUUUUCCUUUCUGACAUUUUUGAAUAUUAUCUCUUUUUAGCGCGUCAUGUUAUACAAAACAAAAAUUAUGAAUUAACGUGAAAUGAUGUAAAUUUUUCUGAUAAAAAAAAAUGAAUUGUAUUUAAGUGAAUCCUAUUUCGGACGAUGCAUGCCAAUAAAAUGUAUUACAAAGUGAGAA